CCUGGACCACAAGUCACUGAUAGGCAGAGGGGGUUUGAGCCCUGUACCCCAUCCCUGGCCCACUGGUGUCCCCAGCCACUGGAUGUAGGCAUCCAAACCAUUCACACGGGUGGUUUGGGUACAUUGAUCCCUGUACAGAGGCAAUUUAGGGUUCGGGGUGGUCCUUGCAUGCAGGAAAGGAAGAGAAAGGGCUGGAGCACCCUGAGCACUCUUCCUUCCUUCCUGGCCUUUGCCCUGGCUCAGCCCUUCCGCCUCCCUGGCCUGACUCCUUAGUUCUGUCCUGCAGCCUGCACUGGCUCCUGGGGGCUGUCACCCCAACCCGCUCCCUGCAGGUCCCCCCUCUGCCCGGGACUGCCCACGGACCCCACAACGCCCCGGCAAGCGAUGGAGGGAGAGCCCACCCUGCGCCUCCGUAUCUUCGACCUCAACUGCUGGGCCAUCCGCUACCUGAGCAAGCGGCGGCAGGAGCGCGUCCGGCUCAUCGGGGACAAGCUGUGCCAGGAGGGCUUUGACCUGGUGCUGCUCCAGGAGGUGUGGAGCGAGCAGGACUACAGUGACCUGAAGGCGAAACUAGCAGGCUGUUAUCCCUUCUCCCAUUACUUCCGCAGUGGGGUGAUCGGCAGCGGCCUCUGCGUCUUCUCCAGAUUCCCCAUUCUGGACACGCUCCUCUACCAGUACUCACUGAAUGGGUACCCCUAUAUGCUCCAGCAUGGGGACUGGUUCUGUGGCAAGUCCGUCGGUCUCGUCAUUAUGAAGAUUUCAGGGAUCAUCUUCAAUGUCUAUGUCACCCAUCUGCAUGCAGAGUACUGCCGGGACAAGGACGCCUACCUGCCUCACCGCCUGGUGCAGGCCUGGGAGCUGGCACAGUUCAUCCGACACACCUCAAAGGCAGCAGAUGUGGUGCUGCUAGGAGGGGACCUGAACAUGCACCCUGAAGAUGUGGGCAUCCAGCUGCUGCGUGGCUGGACGGGGCUGCGGGAUGCCUUUGCUGAGGCCACACGCUUUGAGGGCUGUAAGAAUGGUUGCACCCUUGUCCCUGACAACUGCUUCACUGACAAAUCAGAGAUGCUGCCCUUCCCGUUGGGCAUCCGCAUUGACUACAUCCUCUACAAGGCCAUCUCCAGCUUCACGGUGAAGUGUGAAGAGCUGAAGACCACCACGGGGCCAGCCCCAGGCAUGGCCAUCCCCUUCUCAGACCAUGAAGCCGUGAUGGCAACACUGCACAUCCAGAGGCAGGGACAGCCUGCGGGUGCCACCCUUGGUACAGCUGACCUGGCACUGGCAGAUGUGGUGACGGAGGCACGGACAGAGGUGGGCGUGGGGCUGCGGGCGGCGCAGCAGCAGCGCUACUCCUGGGGCAGGAUGGCCGUGCUGGCCCUGCUGCUGCUGCUGCUCCAGGCCGCAGCUGCACUGGGCACGCUGGCUGGACUGGGAGUAGAGCAGCCCUUCCCCAAGCUCUCCUUCUGCCUGCUGGCCUUCCUCUCCCUCGGUGUCCUCAUCCUUGCCACUGGUCUCCACAUGUUUCAUACCAUGGAGGUGAAGAUGCUGCAUGGCACUGAGGAUCAGAUGUGGAUGGCACUGCGGACCCUGCAGGAGCGCCCCAGCGAAGGCUGAGCUGAGGCUGUGUCCCGACAAUGUCCCUUUGGCCCCACCCUGUCCUCUUUUUCAUCCUUGUUUUUAGCUGACUUCACGUUUUAAGUGAGCAGCACUGCAGCCAAUGCAGUAGUGCAGGUUUGACAGCUGCCUCUGGGUGAAAUUGUGAUUUUUGGGGUAGAUUUAUUGCAUUGACCCCUGUGAGAACUACAACGGAGGCAGAUUUUUAUUGCUGUCUUUUUAAAUACACCCUUUUGUACAUGGAAGGACCCACUGGCCUGGCUGGAAGGCCUGAGAGGCUGAGUCCCCCCUUGUCUGGGCGGCCUCAAAGUUUACACUGGUGGCUGUUCUGGCAACUAGUCCUGACUCUGAUGGAAAAUAAAAGUGCUAUUUUAACCUUU